CGCUUCAACAGGCUUUCCCCACUUUGACCCCUCUUCCGUAGCCACAGGAUGCCAUGUGGCGGAAACGCGGCCGCUACAGGGUCCAACGUGGAACCUUCUCCCCGAAGGUCGGGUCUCUUCCACACGUCAGCCCGUGGCAUGUUGUAACCCGCGCCGAUGUCGCACCACGGAAACAUCCAAACAACCUCCCCCAGGAAAAAUGCGGAGUGAUGUAGUGAGGGGCUGACAUUCCAUGGAAAAUGACAGCCGAAUCCCGGCGCAGCCAGGGGGCACCUCUCUGAAUGGGCCUGAUAAGACGGACACGUCUGCACCCGAUCCCAACACAAAGGGCAACGGUGCUGACGAGGUCAGGGUGCUGUCAAAGGGGGAAACAUCCAAACAACCUCCCCCAAGAAAAAUGUGGAGUGAUGUAGUAGGGGGCCAACAUUCCAUAGAAAAUGACAGCCGAAUCCCGUCGCAGCCAGGGGGCACCUCUCUGAGUGCCGCAUUGAGAACUGAAAAUCCCGGCGACUGCAACCUGCAGAUGGGACUAGAUACGAUGCACCCGCUGAGAUUUCAUUUUGUGCAAAAACUCCAUUGGAGAGCUACAAGGAAAGUCCAGGUUCGGGGGAAUGUACUGCACCCGCUAUCUAUCAUCUCCCCCCAAGCCAACACGGCCCGCAAUCAGAUCUAUGCGGAACAUGCAAUCCAAUUUGUCUUUCCCCAUGAGGCGCUCAAAUCGCAAUUGAAUGACAGGCUCAAGUGGGUGUUUGCCGUUCUGCGAUCCCGAAAGAUGUCGGAUGAGGAUACGACCGACCAUUUCCUUAUCGAAUCCCCGAUGGUAGAUAUGGUGACCGUCCUCACCCUCAAUCCGAUUGACAAAAACAACCUACUGCGCAUAACUGACGCCCGAUUCAGAGGACUGCCGAUUGCAAUUCGCCGCUGGAAACUCGCGAAAUCGCUUACACCGGAGGACAGGCGACAACACCUUAUGGCAAACAAUUACUGGGUUGAAUUUAGCUUUGCGCCUGUCCACAUACAAGGAGAAAUUCUCAAGAUGAUUGAACAGAUCGCACCGAUCCGAGGUUUCAUAAAUGAUCUUCCUCACUUCCUGGCAAAGAGAGAUGACUCAUUGCUCAUCGCAAUUGACUGGUCUCCGGCGGAGGUAUUUCCACUCAGGGGAGAAUGGCACUACCACUCCAAAGGAAGGAAAUUCGUCAUCCCCCUCAGCCACCCACAGGACCCCUGGUGCCAUGUCUGCAAAGCAAGGGGUCACCUGUAUACGGAUGACACCUGUCCAAUCAACUAUAGGAAGCUCCCGAAAAACCUCGUGUCACAACACUUGACGGAGCCGGAUAAAUGGUUGCCUGAAGACCCCAACCUGGAGGGAUGGGUCUUCCGAACAGCGAAUGGGAAACCCACCCGCCAGUGGCAGUGGGAGAAGGAUGCUCCCCCACGAAAGGCCCCCGAAGGGGUUGGGCCCCUGAGACAACAACCUCACAAUUCUGGGGGGGAGGGGGGCCUUCCUCCACCGCAUCAGAAGGGCGGGCCGGUGCGCCCCCCGGUGAAGGUUUGCCUUGAAAAAGGGCUCACGGAGCCCUUGGAACAACCGCAGGAAGGCCAGCAGCAGGCGAACCCUGCCCGCAAACUGCCCACUGCUGCCCGCGCACUGGCCGACGACCCUGCCCCUCAAAUACCGAUUACUGAAGCAACAAAGGACCGGCGACCCCCGGACACACAGGACGGGGCCAACUGGGACAGGGGGAGACGGGGUGGGAGACUGCAAAACGAUGGGAAACUGCAAUUCAGAGAGAAGCAGGGCCAAAACAAAAUGACCCCGCCCCACACUGGAGUUACCAGACCGCUCCCUCGACCUCCCCUGCAGUCCCAGCAGAACCAGCUCGCUGGGAACAAGAUCAACCUGAUACCGGACAAGCUACACCAACAGGGGUCGGUCGCAUCGGUCAUUUCAUCCGUUCCACAACCACCAUGUGUCUCACGAAUUGAAGAGGGGGAAAUACUCGAAUCUGAUGACGAUACCCCUCUGUUGCGAAGAAAAUCGGGGUUGAGAAUGGACACAAAACCUCGCUCCCCAAGGCUUCAGAAUCAUGAUGGCACUAACGACAACAAUGAUGGGAAGGGGAGGAUCACAGAUACAGGGCUCUUCAUAAAACAACGGAAUGGUUCACCGAAGAAGAGCUCUGGCAACUGUCCGUUACAAGGCUCCGGACCAGUCAGUGCCACGUCAGCAGUGCCACGUCAGCCACAGUGCCACAUCAGCAGUGCCACGUCAGCCACAGUGCCACAUCAGCAGUGCCACGUCAGCAACAGUGCCACGGCAACAGUGCCACGUCAACAUUGCCCCGCCACCAUGACGGGCGCAACUCUGGGCAUGCCAGGCCAACUGGCCAACGAGUCUAUUGCCGACUACAAACAACGGUUGCAGACUCAGCUCGCAUUGAUCGAGGCUGAGGAACAGCGCCAGCUGGCAGCCGAGGCUGCCCGCCUACAGGCUGAAGCAGCGGCAACAGCUGAGAAGCAGCGGCUACAGGCUGAAGCAGCGGCAACAGCUGAGAAGCAGCGGCUACAGGCCGAAGCAGACGCAGAUACCCAGGCACGCCGCAAGGAAGCCCAGGAUCUGCUGCAGCGGCAUGAAGCCGCCAGCAUCGAAAGACUCAAGUUCUUGGCACUUUCAACCGUCCAACGGCGACGGCGCGACACCGGAGGAGCAGCACAAGGAGUUCCUCUCCAAACUCGUGACACGGUUGUUAUACGCUUGCAACUAUCAACAGUCCGAGUUAGAGAGACAGAACCAGGAACUGCAACAACAGUACCAGGAUCUGCAGAAACAGCACUAGGAGUUGGCGAACCUCCGCCGGACAAUGCAGAGCCACGAGGAUGCUACACGGACACUCAAUUCGUGUACUGGACCUGGAGCAAGCUAUACCAGGACCAGAUGCUGGUGUGUCCAGCAGUGCACCCUCUAACCGCCAACUGGAGGAACGCGUCAACCACGUCGUCGCAAUGCUCGGCGACAUCAGCACCUUCGCUGAGCCGACCACCAUCAACAAUCAGUUUCACGACGCAACUUCGGAUUCUGCAAGUCGCCAAGCACGCGUACGUCGGUGCCCUGUUUCUUAACUCAAAGGGCGGAUGCCACAUCCGGUUAAGCCACCUGGCAUCCACCCACGGCGUCGACGUCGCAGAUCUGAAAGACAAGAUCUCAUGGGAAGAGUUAACACGGCUAUGGAAGAAGCGGUUCAUCGUGGACGACACACCUGCACUCGGCAUCAACCGUCUCUUCGCCAUGACGCAAGGCAACACAGCAACACGUGACUGGCUCACGGAAUGGCAGAAGAUCGCGGCAACACCCGAUCUGGAGUUACCAUUUCCGCAUCUGCGCCGCGAUUUCUAUAACAGGUCAUGUGUUGCAUUGAGCCUCACACUUGGUGAUCGCAAGCAAUAUGCAACCUUCGUUGAAAUCAUUGACAAGGCGAGGGAGAUAAUCAAGACCAACAGGGCGGCUGCACACGAGAAGUCAACGUGGCAGCCAACCUAUGUCGAGAAGGUAAGAACUGGUCCGCGACCGCAGCAGUUCGCUGCAGUCCAAACGGACAAUAUUGUGGAAGACCCGACAGCCACCCAAGCGUCACGUGAGGGAGAUCAGGCGGCUGUUGUCCAGCCGCGAAGCAACAACAAGCCCCGAGUGAACGGGAAGGCGAAAUCACCAUCGCAAGCCGGAAACGGACAGCCAGCACCGGGGGUCAAGUUCAACUUGACCGAGGCCGAGUACAAGUACCUCGACCGUUACGGCUGCUGUUACUGGUGCAACAACACCAAGCACAAGACCUCCCUUUGCCAGGAUCAGGCCAAGGAGGAUGUGCGGCCUCCUUCGCCGCCAUCUACCACCGGGGAUUCAAUGUCAUGGUCAAGACUUGAAGAGCUCGACCCGUUGACAUUUGCGGACUUCCAAUGGAUGCCCCUUCCCCGGUUCGGUCGAUUGCCGAAACCGCAUUGCAACGUGCUCAAGGCACAAUUGCGGGAUUACUUGCACACUGCAGUACCAACUCCGUUGAUGGACGCCGGAGUAGAGGUUGUCGACCUUCACGCCUACAUUGCGAAGAUCGACCGCGAGUUCAAGACGCAACGGUACGACGACAUCGACGCACCAUUGCUAUAUAUACGCAUUCAGAUCGGAGAGGCGAGGUGCAGCGCUUUGAUCGAUUGCGGAGCAUCUCGCAACUACAUGAGUCAGGACUUCAUGGUACGCGCAGGCCUUGGCCCACGAGUCCGAAGGAAGUCCCAGCCCAUGCAAGUCACGUUGGCGGAUGGUCACACGCACAAGUCAAUCGACUGGUGCAUUGAUGACGUCCCAGUGUACUUUGCCCCUCACGCAAGUGAGGCAGUGUCCUUUGACAUUCUGGACACCAAAUUCGACAUGAUCUUGGGUAUGUCAUGGCUGCGAAGCGAGGAUCACCCGGUGAGCUUCUACCGCCGCACCGUUCACGUUCGUGAUCGGAACGGAGUACUAGUCCCAUGCACGGUAGCUCUUCCUCACCCUUCAAUCAACUGUCACGUGGUGUCCGCCGCAAGCAUGCGAGCUUCCAUCGUCAGAGACGACAUCGAGGAGAUGGGGGUGUGUUUUCUCCACACCCUCCCGCCCCAUGACGCUUCACCGACGGACUCAUCUUCGGAUCCACGCAUCAUCGAGUUUCUCGACGCCUACGGCGACGUGUUCGAAGGCCCGCACGGAGCAGUACCGGAUCGGCCCAUCCGCCACGAGAUCAUCCUCGAGGAUGGGGCCGUACCUCCGCGCGGUUGCAUCUACCGAAUGAGCGAGGAAGAGUUAAGUGUGUUAUGGGCACAACUCGACGACCUUCUAGAGAAAGGUUGGAUACGGCCUAGCUCAUCGCCAUACGGUGCUCCUGUUCUCUUCGUCUGGAAGAAGAACAAGGAUUUGCGGUUGUGCAUCGAUUAUCGCAAGCUCAACGCGCAGACGAUCAGAAACGCUGGCCCUCUCCCACGCAUCGACGACCUUCUCGAACGACUGGGUGGCGCCAAGUUCUUCUCCAAGUUGGACCUCAAGUCGGGAUAUCACCAACUCAAGAUUCGGAAGGAGGAUCGCUACAAGACCGCGUUUAAGACGCGAUAUGGGCAUUUCGAAUGGCUGGUUAUGCCAUUUGGCCUUACGAAUGCCCCGACCACUUUCCAAGCGGCUAUGACAACGGAGUUCCGACACAUGCUGGAUCGAUUCGUACUUAUCUACCUCGACGAUAUCCUGGUGUACAGCCGGAGUUUGGACGAGCAUGUGGAACACCUGCGCACCGUUUUGGAGCGGCUACGACAAGCCAAGUACAAAGCCAACCGCGACAAAUGCGAAUUCGCGCGGCAGGAGCUGGAGUACUUGGGACAUUAUGUGAUGCCGCAAGGCAUCCGUCAGCUUGCGGACAAGAUCGAGGCCCUCCGCGUAUGGCUCGAGCCCACCAACACCACAGACGUUCGUUCAUUCAUGGGGUUGGCGGGCUACUAUCAGCGAUUCAUCACCGGAUACUCAAGGAUUGUUGCACCUAUGACGAGAUUACAAUCGCCGAAGGUGCCAUUCGUAUUCGAUGACGAUGCAUGCCGGUCAUUCCAAACACUCAAGACGACCAUGCUCAUGGCACCCGUCCUUAGCAUCUAUUACCCCACCCUGCCGACGAGAGUGACUACGGACGCUUCCGGCUAUGGCAUUGGGGCAGUCUUGGAACAACACGACGGCGACGACUGGCACCCUGUGGAGUAUUCCAGCCACAAAGUGCCUCCCAUCAACUCGCUUGAUGAUGCAAGGAAGAAGGAGUUGCUCGCGUUCGUGAUGACUCUCAAGCGAUGGCGGCACUUCCUCCUUGGGCGUCGUAGGUUCACAUGGGUUACGGACAACAACCCACUGACUUACUACAAGACGCAGGAUACGGUGAGCAGCACGAUCGGACGAUGGAUGUACUUCAUCGACCAAUUUGACUUCACACCGAAACAUCUUCCCGGCCUCUCCAAUCGCGCAACAGAUGCACUCUCGCGAAGACCUGAUCUUUGCGCUAUGACACAUCAUGCCUUCGCAUUCGACGAGGAGCUUCAGCGACACUUCAUCAGGGGCUAUGAGUCCGAUCCAGACUUCGCCACGCUAUAUGCGCAGCUAUCUUCGKAUCACCCGCCGGCCAGCCACUAUCGCAUCGCCGAUGGGUACUUGUUCCUGCACUCGCGGGGCAAGGGCUUACUGGGCAAGGACUUACUAUGUGUCCCACGCGACCACUGUCUUCGGACUCGCCUCCUCGGCGAGUAUCAUGAUUCGCGACUCGGCGGCCAUUUCGGAGUCAACCGCACUAUUGCACGGCUUCGACAGCGAUUCCGAUGGCCCGACCUCAUCACCGACGUCACGAGGUAUUGCGACUCUUGCGAAGUUUGCCGAUGAAGCAAACCCCGCAACCACAAUCCCUACGGCGAGCUGCGCCCGAUGCCGA